AUGGACCUGUACGUGUAUAGCGCCUGUUCUAGUCUUCCAACCAACCAACAACCUUCCGGAGUAGGGACAAAACCCGCUCUUUGCUCUGCCCCCAUCAUUGAGAUCACACAAAUCUAUCCUGCCGAGGCUUCAAGCUUUGCCUUGGUGUCUGAAUAUGGAUGUUUAUUGGAGGGAAGGAACUGGAUACGAGUGUCGGGAGCAGGGCUUCCUAUGGAAAGCUUCUCGGUGGCACAGUCCUGUCCCAACUGUCGCUUCCAGUACGCGCUGUCUAAAGGAGGCUGCAUGCAUUUCUGCUGCUCACAGUGUCGGUACCAGUUCUGCAGUGGCUGCAACAACCCUUUCCACACUACCUGUGCAGUGGACGAGUGCAGCGUGUCUGGAUUACAUGCCCAUCAUCCCAGAGACUGCCUCUUCUAUCUAAGAGACUGGGAACCCUCCAGGCUGCAGGCUUUACUGCAGAAUAAUGGAGUGGCCUAUAACACUGAACCCCCUCCUGGAACGCAGACAGGUCUGUGUGGAGUGAUAGAGCAGAAGGAUGAGGGAGGGCAGCAGCCAGAUUCAGCCUGUGGAGCUCAGACCCAACCUGGACAUGCUGGACUCUGCGAGAAGCAUUACCGGGAGUACCUGGUCAGCCUGAUCAACAGCCACUCCAUCGACCCCGCCCCCCUCUACAGUUCCAAUGAGCUGCUGCUGGCCUGCAGGAGGUACAAGGUGGACGACACCCGCAGGGAUGGAGAGGACAGCUUCACCUACUACAGCAGGCUGCUCGAGAAACUGAUGGAUGAAGUCCCACUUGGCGACAAGGUGCCACGCAAGAAAUGAAAUGAAAUGCCUCGCUUCCCGUUUCCUGCAGCUGCCAUCAUGCCGACCUUUAAACGCAAAACUCAGCCAGAAAGGACAAAAUGGCAGUCGUUUCCUUUAGGUUUUGACUCUGUAAAUGUUAACUCAUGUACCUAUGAUGGUGUAAAUACAGGAGAGUCACCUCUGAAGUUCUGCCUGAUAUCUGCUGACAGCAGCUCUGACAAGAUAUUCAAAUUCACAAAAGGUAAACUAAUAAAGGAAUAUUCCUCCUUGCUGCUAUCUUUUUUCCCAAAUGAAUGACUCAACCUUGGUUGUUCAAUGGUAAAUGGACUGUACU